AAGGGAAGCGAAUGGUGUUGCGGAAAACCGCAGAAAGUAUCCAAGCGAAUAUCUAGGUGGUCUAGCGCAAUACGUACGAAAUUCACGACAGGGAAAGGCGGAACGGAACGCCAAUUACCGCAGCAGAGAACAAGUGUCCCCGCUUCUCCGCGUUGCAUUCACGGCUGACACGCAUUUGUUUGUGGUGGAAGUUUGCUGAAAGUUCGACAGAGCAUCAGCACCCACUUGUGAAAAAGCUGCAAAAGGGGCACGUAUCUGCAUCCCUGUGUCACCAGCCAAACGUCCAUACGUCAACACUAUGGCCGAUCAGACGGAGCUACGUAUGAACCUGGUCGCGAUCAAGCGGGUCGACCCGUACGCGAAGGACAUCGUUAACUCAUCUGCACACGUAGCGUUUUACGUGUUCAACAAUGCCGAGAACGAGUGGGAAAAGACGGACAUCGAGGGCGCCCUGUUCAUCUACAGCCGCUUCGCCGAGCCGUAUCACAGCAUUUUCAUCAACAAUCGGCUCAACACGAACUCCCUCGUCGAGCCAAUACGUGGCCAGAUCGAGCUGCAAUCCAAGCCACCGUUCCUGCUGUACCGUAACGAGCGGUCGCGGAUUCGCGGCUUCUGGUUCUACAACAAUUCCGAGUGCGACCGUAUUGGAGAAGUCAUACAGAAGCUGGUCACGGAGUGUGCCGGGGAAGCGGGUGGUGAAGCGCCACGGCCUGUGAUGAACGGUGGACCAACCGGAGGUCCGCCCGCGACAGACAUUUUUAGCAUGCUCACGAAGGCGCAAGAAGAUUUCCAAAACAAUUCCACCAACCCGGCGGGCAGCAAACCUAUGCUGGAUCAUCCAGCACUGAAUCAGCAGGCCAUGAUGGCGAACAACAGCGGUAUGCCGGCUAUCGUCAUGACAGCACAGCAGCAGCAGCAGCACCAGCAGCAGCAGCAGCAACACCAGCAGCAACAGCAAAUUUCCAGCCAGAGCGCACCCCGUAGUGUGAUGAACUUUUUUGCCGCCGCGAAACAACCGGCCGCCUCGGAAGUGCCCCGUUUCAAGACGCAUGCCCCAGUGCAUACGCUCGAGCAGAUCGAGAAGCAACAUCGUGCCUCGACGCCGCUCAAGGAUGCCGGCGGAGGCGGUGUGGAAGGGAAAAUCACUCCGGAUGUGAGCGAACUCGAGAGUAGCUUCAAACGAAUGGGUAUCCCGAUCGUGUCAGCCGGUGGCAGCAAUGGUGGAAUGUUGGGUAACGGUCCACAGACUCCAUCUGGCGUGCCCGAGCUCGGCACCUCACCGCUCGCAACGUUCCUCAGUGCGGCCAAUUUGUCCGGUGCAAUGCGCGCCGCUCAUCAACCGGUUGUACCGAAGACGAAGCUAAUUGAAAUUAGCGAACUGGAAUCGCGGCAGAAUCAACAGCAGCAGCAACAGCAACAAACGCCAUUGCACGAACUGUUGAAAAAGUCCGAGGGAACAGCGGGUCCAGGGGCCACCGUGGUGAAACCGGCCCUCAUGCCACCGACCAUGUUUAAACCGUCGUCGCAGGGGACGACGCUUGGAGGCCUAUUUCCCGGUAGUACCUCCGUGACGAACUCGCCGAGCACAGCCACGAACGUCAGCGUUGGGGGCAAUGGAACUCCCGGCGGUGCUGGGCAUCAAAAGCAAGCAAACAACGCCCAGUUGAGCGCUACUGCAACACCAGGUUCGGGCAAGAACCAGUCCAAAUCGGUGUCCACACCGGGUAACAGGCAGCAACGAGCGGAGACGAACAGUGGAAACAGUGCACAGAAGGGGACGCCUACUUCCACCACGACGACGGCGGCCGAUCUGCUAGCCAAGGCCGCGUCCAAGACAAACAACAACCUGAUCAACAACAACAUCAGCACCGGUGGGAAUGGCUCGGGCGUGGAACCGCUCACGCAAAACCAACUCAUUCAGGCCGUCAGCUACCUAAUCAAGCAUGAUCCAGACUUUGUGCGGAAGCUACACGAGGCGUACGUCAAGUCGUUCACCGAGAUGAUAUCGAACUAAGGCUCCCAGGCAGAUUUGGCCCGGCUUUUCGGGUGUUACUCUUUCCGCCCCAACUUGCACAGCAAUAGCAACCCGUUCCCCCCCUCCUCGCAAUUCAAGUACCACCACUGCACAUCUACGCUUCAUUCAAGUACAAAACUGUACCGCGCACUCACUAUUCCACUGAUUCGUCCGUCGUUCGCACCUCUCCGUGGUCCGUUGUAAAACAUGCUUGUCAAUGUUGGAUGCUGUUACGUGCAGACAUAGCAAGCCAGAUUGCAUGAAAGCGCAGCGAAACAUAAUGAACCGAUUAAAAGAUGAAAUAUUUCAACUAUCGAAGGAGUCUGAAAAAGUGGAAAGAGAAAGAGAAAAAACACAUAUGCGGGCAAAGCAAAACACCCUCGACAUAAGUUGCAACGGAAAGAUAUCAUAAAAAGUCUUUCGAUACGAAUUUGUAAACUAAACUCAAUUAUUUUUUUGUGUAUACCUGAAUUAUUCACUUAUUCACUUUUUUUUUGUGGCUAAGUAAAUUAUGAACUAGAUUUCUUCAAUCCCAAUAUCGACCCAAACAGACCUUAAAUUUCUAACAUUGUUAAAUUGAACUGAAAUAGUUGUUAUCCAAAGUUAUUUGUAAAUUUUCUCAACAUUGCUUACGUUUAGUUAUUGGUAAGAAUUUUAAAACAGCAUGAACUAUUGUUUGAUUCGGCGGGACGUACUGUAGAAAUUGUCCCCAAAAGGUGUGUUCGUUUUUUUAGAUUUGAUUCGUAGGGUGUAUUACCCACCAGCGGCAAGUUAUUUGUAAAUAGUUUUUACACGUCAGUACUAUUGGUUGUAAUUUUUUGGCUAACAAAUUGCAUUUCCCAUUCAAAAUCGUAGCCCAAUUUUCUCUCUUUCUCCUCCUCUGAUUUCUAUAUGGACCGCAAGAUUGCCGACGUAACAUAUUAAGCUUCACCAUGCCAGUAAGAUUGUUAAAAUUAAGAAAUUUCUCUCGAUACCAUGUUCGCCCCCUAUAAGGGGACACCACAAAAAGAGAUUAAACGAGGGAUGAAAGGACACACGCACAACAUGCCGGCUGACGAUUGUCCUGCAAAAUACUUGUUGUGCAUCUCUACGCUAAGCGCAUUGUCUAAAUUUUCUUAAAUUUGUUUCAUUACACUAUGGUAGACCUUGUAAACUAUUAUCGCCCGAAACAUGGAGAUUAAAUUAAUGAACGAAAUAACCUUGUACCCAGUAGAUAAUUCCCGAUACCAUUCGAUGUGUAAUAUUACUAUAGACUUGUUGGAAGCGCAGCACAGGCUGGCAGAGAUUGCCGAAACGGAAGAGACCAGACAUUGCACCAUCCCCAACAUAAAUGCAACGGGCAGAAAAAGGCAACCGAAGAAUGCUUGGAGCUAGGAAAAAUCAGUUCUCCGUCUGAAAACGAACACGAAUGGAACGAAAGGAAAGUGACUUUUAGUACGGGCAAAGGAAAAUUGAAAGCAAAAGCAAAAGGAUACGACAACAAAAAGUGUAGCGCUACCUUUUUGCCAAUAAAAACAAAAAAAAAAUAGCAUUGCCAACAGAAAAAACAACA